AUGGACGAAAUUCUUCAUAAGCGAAAAUGCGCUGAUGGUCAUAACCGAGAAUAUUGGGGUCCACGUAAGAAAUCAGUAGUAAUGUCUGCCACAAAGAUCAAAAUAGUCAAAUUUCGGUUGUCAACAAGUCAUUUCACUGCCAUCCGGCAUAAUCCAGAAACAUUGAUUGCAGUCGAUUCAACUGCAGACCAUCUACCGCAAUCUGCCAAACCAUUUGAGUGA